GAUACCCAUAUUGUAAAAAAACUGAAAUUUUGAGUAUUUUUCAAAAAUACGUAGUUUUGUGAAAAUUUUGAAAAUUUUCAAAAAUUGUUGUUAUUACAUUCGAAAUUUAUGACAAAAUCCGAGUUAUUUGAUACCUCUAUAACAACAACAAUAAAUUUGAGGUUUUUGCAUUUUCAAAAUAAAGGAAAAAUACGUAUUUUUAUGAAAAUUUUCAUGGAUGGUCCCUUAAAUCAUUUUCAAGAAAAUCGUAUUUAUAGAUUUUUGGGAUUUUCAAGUUAAACAAAUCUGUAAAAAAAAACGCAAUUUUCAAGGUAAGUCACAAUACCUCUGCGUACAUGCCGACGAAGCUGCCGUAGAACUAAGUUCAUGUUCGAACUAAAGGGUUCCAUUGGACUGAUGAUCCGUGCACUGUUUAACUCUAGUCAAUGUACGAUCCAAUCUUUCCAACCAAACAAGAGACCAGCUCGACUACCGGAAGUCACGAUACCCGACCGCUGGGGCUAUAAAAGCACCCGGCUGAUCAUGAUUGAGCGCAAACCCCUAGUGUCAACGCAACCAUGAAACCGGCCACGACGACUUUCUUCCUGGUCGCACUCGCGGUCCUCGGCCAUCUACCAGCGGAGUCCGGCGCGGAGCAGCAGAUGAACCUACAGCUGGAGCGCUUCGAGCAGAUCGACGGCGCGGACUUGAUCGACUCGUCAAAGUUGCGCGUCCGCAAGUACAACCGAACCGCGUUCGUCCUGGACGGCACGGUCGAGCUGUUCAUCGAUCUGGACAACGCGUACGAGGUGACGGUCAAGGUCGCGUACAGCACCCUCGGCAACAACCAGUUCAACGAGUACCCGAUGAAGCUGCCCCGGAAGAGCAUCUGCGCCUUCAUGGUCGACGAGUACGUCGAGUAUCAGUACAUCUGGGCCGACAGCACCAACCUGCCGCACGUCGAAAAGGGAACCGAGGAGUUUUGUCCGUUUCCGAAGGGCGAGUACUGGUUCAAGGAGCUGGUGCCGGAUUCGUCGUUUCUGCCGCCGGUCAUCCCGGCCGGGCUGUGGCGCAUGACGUGGGAGUUUCUGCGCCCGAACGACGAGGUCGUGAUGCAGCUGCGGUUCUUCUACCGGGUCACGAAGGGAAAGACCAAGUAGGAAGGGGAAGCGAGGUUAGGUUUGAUAUUCAGGGUAUCUGGGCAAAGUUGGUGUUGGAAAUUUAUGGUAUGAUUUAUUAAACAAAAUAAAAAAAAUAAUUCAAACAACUGACCAAUUGUGUUCGUAAAUUCCGCAGUUCAAUCCGUCUAGGCUUUGUCUUACUAUUGAAGUUGUGGUAUCAGACAGUAAUCCAUGUUUUGUUAAUUUUAAUGAACAUGACUUCCGUUACUCUCUUGUUGGACAACGCUUGUACUGAUUCUAGUUCAGUACAUGACAAGUUGAGCAACCUCAGGUCGUUGUACAAUCCAAUCUAGCUUCUCAAACAUGACCCACAGCACUACAGAGACAAGGACAAGGGAUUGGGAAGACAGGAAUGGUUGAUGCUCCACUUUUUCAACGGGAUAAGGGAAAAUCUCCACGGUAUCCUCAAGUAAGUUUCGCUUGAAGUUGGGCGGAUUUUGGGAAGGUUAAUGAUCUUCGUUUGUUCACAAUUUGAGUGAGAAAGCUUUCAAAUUAUCUCAUCUAUUAUUGUAUGAUUUUUAUAAGUCACCCAGGCCUAUUUUAGCGUUGGUCAUUGAGAUUCAAUUUGAAAUGCGCCUGAGAGUUAAGCAAUCUUGUACAGUUCUGAAAUUCAACAACGAUAAAUUACCAUCGAUGAUUCCAAUGGCAAUCUUUUUUUUUUUAUUUUUUCUCAUCUAGGGACCAUCCACAAACCACGUUGGCACUUUUUUGGAAAUCUCAAACGAUAGGUCCUUUUGUAAUCUUAUCGCCGAAAAUUGAUGGGAAUUUUCAUAAUUUGCAAUCAAACGAGGUUCGGAUGUUCAGCUCAAAGAUCAGAAAUCACUCACUCAUCACCGAACGAAUCUUUGCCGACUUUAGCACGCAACCAUUCGCGAGCAAACACGACAGCUGGCUGCCAGCGGCUUGCUUCACUCAGCGAGGAGAGAGCCUUUAAAAAAAUACUAGCGCAACGCUCACUUGGCCUGCACUACAAAACUGGAAGAAAUUGCUGUCAAAUGUGACCUUGAUGUUGUGUAAACAACAACAUUGCAAAAUAUUAUUGAUUUCGUUGGUUUUAAGCAAAGCCGAUCGCCAUUUAUUUCCAGUCAGCUUUGAGCGACUUAACGCAAUCGGUCUCUCUGAAGCAAUCGAUUGGAGUGAGAGGGAGAGCAAAGAGAGAGUGUUCAGUAGCGAUUGGUGUGAAAGUGACAAACGACAAAGGACUGCUUCGUUUAAUACCGAUAUUGCUAAUUUUGAAAAUUUGAGUAUUUUCGAAAAAAACGGUAUUUUGAGAAAAUUAGCAUUUAAAAAAAACUCGCAAAGUGGAAAUUUCGCUUCGUUUGAUAAUAAUAUUGCAAAUUAGGAAAAUUUUAGUACUUACGAAAAAAGGGGUUUUGGAUACAGUUUUGAGUAUUUAUACUUUGAAACUUGCUACAUUCAAAAUAUAAAAAUAUAUGAAAACAUUGAAAAAUAACUUGAUAUGAUUGUAUUAAUUCAAUUUUAAAAGGAUUUUUGACUAUUAGAUGCGGUAAUAAAACCAAUGAUGAGGUUUAUUUUGUUUGUUUUGUAUUAGGGUCAUUCCAGGUCAACUGAGUACAGUUUUGGACUCGACCUUCACCGAUUUGGACCAAACUUGGAGGGAAAGUUCAUCUACCGAUAGUUAACAGAAAUCUAUUUUUGGCAUCGCCUUCUUUUUUGGCGAUUUUCUUAAAAACGUAUUUUUAUUUUAAUCAUAACUUUUCAAAUACUUAACCCUCUCCCGCCCAUGGUUACUCCAGAGCACCAAAAGUUUGAACUCAAAUAUCUCGGAACUGACACAACUUUUCAUUGAGCUUUAAGUUGCAGGUGUUCAUGUAGAAUGUAUACUAACAUCUCCCCAAAUUUUAUCAAAUUUGGUCGAACACAAGCAAAGUUACAGUACGAAAUGUAAACAAAAAUGGGCAAAUUUUAGGGAAAUAAAUAAGACCUGUUUUCAAAAGCCCGUAAAAAUUACCAAACACAAAAUUUUAUGAAACAAAAAAUGUUUUGCUAUCAUUUGAACCUUGGACAAGAACCCCUGUGAAUAACAUUGUGAGUUUGGACCAAUUUUGAGUGUUUUUCAACCUUUUUCAUUUGGUGCACCAGAGCACCACCUAGGCAUAUGAGCAACUAAAUAUUUAGGAGCACUUUUUUCUAAAUUACAGAAAAAGUUUAUUUUUACCAAAACAAAAGUUUAUAAACAUUUUGACUAUUCAUAAACAAGACAAAACAUUGUUAUUAGACCGAUGGUUUUAUUAUUUUCCUUAUUUUUCAUGAAAAUUGUUGUUUGUGAGUUUUGAAUGAGCCAAUCAAAGAAAUCUAAAAAUGCUGAGAUUUUUGAAUUUGUAAUUCAUACUUCAGAAAUAUAGUCUUACAGCAAAGAAUAAGUAGUUUUAACACAUUUCGAAGCAUUUUCAAACAACUGAACCAAUAGAUUUGAAGAAAACGAGAUUUUGUGAUUUAAAAUAAAGUUGCUCAUCUUCCUGAUGGUGCUCUGGUGCACCACUUCAAAUUCAACUUUUUUGCACCAAUUCGAUGUUUAUGGGUCAAAGUAAAGUAUUUCCUGCAAUAUUGUACCAAAAUUUAGCCAUUUACUAUUUUUACGAUAAGCAAACAGCUCUGGGCGUUAGAGGGUUAAGCAAAAGACUUUCUACAGGUUGCAUUUUAUAGAAAAUUGUUCAAGGAAUUCGAUAAAAAAUAAAUUUUAACCCUUAAAUGCCCACUAAUAUUAUAUUGUAACGUUUUAACCCGCUACUGCCCGAAUUUUUUUUCGAUUUUUUUAUUUUUCCCGUGUUUAGGAGGUCAUUUUAAGCAACUUUUGUUCUACGAAAAACUUGACUUCUCCUGUUUUAUAUUUUUCUUGUUUUAUUUUUAGUAUUUUAAUUUGCUUUUAUCUUGUUUAGUUUAUGUAUGUUUUAAGUAGUAUUUGGCCUAUUCUACCACCUCUAAUCAUUACAUUUUGCCUAUCUAAUUUUUUCGUGUUUUUACAGUCACUUUUUUAAUUUUUUGCUUGUUUUUCACAUUUACUGCUAUAAAAUGGCACCAUCAUCAUUAAACUUGUAACAAAAUUCGUAGAGGCAUAGUCUGGGACACUUGAAAAAUUACUGCAUACUUCUUUUUACUUAAAAUAUAGGAAAUGUUAGUAAAAAACACAGUCAAAGUUGACCUUAGUUGAUUAUUUUAAAAAAAACAUUGGCAAAGUCACAUAAAAAAAGUGAAACUUCCAACCCAUAAAUUUUCUAAAAUUUCAAGAGUUCUUCUUUCCAAUGCUUUUUAAAGAUCAAAAAUUGGUUGAAAAAUUGAUUUUUGGCGAUUUUUUAAUCGAAGCCCGUCUAAGGGCGUGGUUGGGUUUUAGAAGGUUAAGUAUUGUCCACGCUUUUUACACAUUUUUGUAUUACUUUGUUUCGAAAAAAAACAAAGUCCACCAAUACAAUUUUGGCAGCGAUCAAUAAAAAAAUGGUAAGUAAAUAUUCUAAAAUCUGUAACUUUUGAAUGAAUUUUCUGAUCAAUGUCUUCGGCAAAGUUGUAGGAAUUGUGGAGGACUAUUUAGAAAAAAAAAAUAGGUACACGGAAAAAAUGCCAAUUUACAAAUUAACUUUUUUCACAAACACUCAAUUUACCAAAAUACGUAUUUUUAGAUUUUCAAGAUUUGAAAUUUCUUACAUAAAUUGUUUUUGACCUAAUUUUUUUAUGUAAAAUUGAAUUUGCAAUCGAAAAGCACUUUACAGAUUUCUUGAUAUUGGGCCCCGUUUUCAAGCCACAGUCACGUGAGUUUACAGUUUUUCGAUUUUUAAAAAAGUAGUGACCAUGAGUGACCAUUUCGUUUUUUUUCAAGUUUCAGAAAAUUUGCUUUAAAAAUGUCUAAGAAACAUUGAAGAUUGGACCUCUGAUUGCUGAGAUAUACUGGCUUAAAGGAAAAGGAACAGGUUUUCUAAGUCUUACUCAAACAAUCCUUCAUUUUCUAAUGCCAGCAGCUAAUGGUCCGAUUUGCAUUGUUAAAAUAUGAAACAUUUGUGAAAUUCUUCGACAAUUUUUUUUCUUGAAUUUUUUUGUUAAAAUUUUUGCGUUAUAUUGAAUGUUUGGCCCUUUUGAAAUGUUAGUCUUGAUUCAACAAAAAAAAAAAAUUGUUUUCGAAAAGAUCGGUGGAAGAUUUUUGCGUGUUCUUGUCCCCUAGAACAUAUCUGGAGUUUUUUUUGAAAUGGUCCAAUAAACCAAAUUUUCAGUUUUUGCUUUUUGGAUGUUUUUUUAGUACCCUGACUCAGGGCGGUUUCAAAAACACCCAAAAUACAAAAACUGGAAAUUUGGUUUAUUGACCAUUGAAAAAAAAAACGCCAGUUAUAAAAAAAAACUUGACAAUAAAAAAAAACGUAAAACGUAAAGAUAUGGAGUUUUGAGAAAAAAAAAGUUGAUUCAAAAAUCGACAAGUUUUUUUUUCCGUGUACCUAUUUCUUCUGAAUAUUCCUCAACAAUGCCUACAACUACAGAAAUUUCAUUCAAAAAGUAACACAACAUUGCUUCUUUGGUCAUAAGGAAGGCCCUCACAAGGUUUGGGCAAAAUAAAAAAAAAAUAAAAAUGGUCGAAAUCGGCCGAUUUCGUAGAGAAUUGCUCAAGUGUUAAAUUUUGCAUUUUUAAUCAAAAUUAGUUGAGUUUUGAGUUAAAUUAUUUUCAAAAUCUAAACUAUAAAAAAAUGCAGCAAUACUGAAAUGAAAUGAAGAACCCAAAACUAGAAGAAACAAAAAGGUGCAGGGUGUUAUGUUGGAGACAUGCCCAACAGUAUAAAGAACUUUGCAAUCGCAACAUCGACAGAGCUCCCGGUCAUUUUGGCUUCCAGGGACCUGGACCUGGCAGGAGAUAUAUUCUCCUCGACGUCUAGCAAAAGAAUAAUUUCAAUAUCCACAUACCAUUGUUAUGUUGCGAUGCAGACCCCUUUCCCUUCUUGGUACGUGAACUUCAAGAACCCACAUUGAAACAUUUUCUGAACAAAGAUCUUUCCUUUUUUCCAUCCAAAUC